UAGCACUGCACUGAUUUAUUUACACAGCAGUCCUGAAAUAUACACCAGUGAAAACACACAGACUCAGAGAUGGUGGGUAAAAAGGUGGCCAGAGAGAUGCUGUUGUCUUCGGUGUGUGAGGAUGAUGGUGAUGAAGGUCAUGAGGAGGAGAUGAUAGGAGGGAUCAGGAGCAGGCCGCCGAGCCGACCUCGCAACAUCUACAGCCGAGGCAGCGUGGACACCCAGGCAGUCAUACGAGCAAGCGGCUGUAGCAGGAGAGAGCCACGAUCCGAAGAGGAGGAUGGUGUUGAUGGAAAUGACGAGAAGGAGGAGGAGGUGGAGGUGGAGGAGGAAGGCGGUCGGAGCAGUGAAGCGGUUGACGGACAGGAGGGAGCCAAUGCGGGUUUCACCGCAGAUGAAGACUAUGACACGGAUCUGGAGCUUGAAGACGGGAUAGCGAGGUAUGACCCCACGGGCGUGACACGUUACCGAGAGAUGUGUAAGAUGUUCAACGUGGUUCCAGUGUCCUACUUCCUCAGGAACAUUCACAGCCCAGAACUGACCAUGAUGCAUCACGGACUCGGCCCUCAGGGUAGCAAAGCCCUGGCAGUUCCCUUGGUAACCAACACCUCCAUUCUGAAGCUGAAUCUGCAAGAUAAUGGAAUGGAGGGAGAAGGUGGAGCCGCCAUAGCUGACAUGCUGAAGGAGAACCUUUACAUCACAGGAAUAGAUCUUUCAGAGAACAGGCUCGGUGAGGUUGGGAUAAAGGCUCUGGCCAGCAUGCUGCUCGAGAACACCUCCCUCAUCUCCCUUAACCUUUCUGGGAACCAUCUGGACGAACGAGCGGCUAAACACCUGGCUACGGCGCUGACCAAAAACCAGCACCUGCAGCAUCUGGACCUGAGCCACAACCGGCUGGGAGAAGCAGCAGGGGAAAUUCUGGGUCCUGCUAUAGCCGAGAACACGGGAUUGAAGUCACUCAGUCUGGCCUGGAACAGCAUUCGUGGAAAUGGAGCCAUCGCUUUGGCUAAAGGCCUUGUGGCUAACAUAUUCUUGCAAACUGUGGAUUUAUCUUACAACGGACUGGCCAAGGAGGGAGCGACGACUCUCGGGGAAGGUCUUAAAGACAACAACACGCUGGAGGAACUGAAUCUCAGUAUUAACCGCAUCCCUCCUGAAGGAGCGGUCAGAUUAGCCGGGGGUCUGAAAGCAAACAACAACCUGCGGAUUCUUAGCAUGGCUCGGAAUCCCGUUCGGCCGGCCGGAUGUCUUGCGCUUCUCAAAGCUGUAGAAGAAAACCCUUCAUCUUCAAUGGAGUAUCUGGACUUCUCUGACAUCAGUGUGGACCAAGAGUUCGAAGAGUUGCUCAAUUCGAUAAAAGAUACGCUACCAAACUUCCGAGUGAAACACGGUGGCACUUUAAGGAAACCUUUCCAAAAACCUUAAGAGCUGACCUCUAUGUACAGCAGCAUUCGAAUCUGUCACUUAGAUAUGUGUCUUGUGAAAAGAAAACCCAGAACGAAUAUACAAUGAAGAAGAAAAAGAAGAAGAAGAAGAGCAGCAUGGACGUCCAUUCUCGACUGUUUAACUGGAUUAGUGAGCAGAAGCACCUGCUGUGUGUAAUAUUAUGAACAGCUGCUGAACACAGCGACGUUCGCACGCAUGACUUAGCUCAUGAUUUUUUUUCUUC